UUCCCUUUCCAAAAUUAUUUUAUCUUCGAAAUUAUCUGAGAUCAUCAGCGAUCAAUCGAAGGCAAACUCGAUUGAAACCCUAAAAAUGUUGUGUCCUCGUCUCUCAGGAUUCGGUUGAUUCUUCUAAUUUUUCAUUUCUCCGAUCCAGUUUAUUGUUUAAACAAAACCCUAGCGAUCUCGGAGCCUUUCGAUUCUAGAUUACGAAACAAAAACAAAGAAUAAAGCACAAAACCCUAGAUUUUGGAUUUAUGUAUUGAAGAGUGAUGUUUUAGAUGAAUGCGUUUUGGGGGAGUUGUAUAAUUUGUUCAUGGAGUAUGAAGGGAUGAGUUAGUCUGCGUUUGCUUGCGUUCGGUAAGUGAUGGUCGAGGUUGAUCUAAUGAAAACGAGUAGUUUGUGAAGAUCGAUGGCGGUUUAAGGGAGGAUUUACCAGUUUUGGAUGGGUUUGAUCGGGGUAGAAUAGGACUAUCUUCAAACCAGGCCGUGAAGGCUGUAGAUGUAACUCAGUUUUGAAUUUUAUAGCAGGUUGUUGCUUCCAUUAAUCGUAGUUGGCUUACUGAUUGGGGUAUAGAGGUGGGUUAGUCGUUGUAGAGUAUUCGGCGGGUUUGAUUGGGGGCCGUUAGAUUUUCAAUAGUACUGCAAAAUGAGCUUGGAAAACGAAGAUGGCAGCUCGGCUGUGGCGGCCUCUGAAUCGGUUGAUGAACCUCAAAAGAAACCAAGAAUUUCGUAUACCAGAGAUUUUCUCCUUUCAUUAAGUGAGUUGGAAAUCUGCAAGACGCUGCCGAGUGGCUUCGACCGAUCACUUCUGAGUGAAUUUGAAGAUAAUAGCAACCAAGAACGGCAAAGAAGUCAUGGUAGUUUACCAUUGCAAAGUUUCCGUCGUAAUGAUUACAGCUCUUCACCACCCACUAGGGGUGAUUCAAGUAAUUUCUCCAGGGGAGUCUAUGGAAGAUGGGACAAUCGUUCUUCCGGAUGGAGUGAUAAAGAUGGGGAUUCACAAUCUGAUUUGGAUCCAGAUAAUGGAAGGCGCAGUUAUGGCAAUCAAUCUCGGCGACCAUGGCAGAACUCUGAGCAUGAUGGACUUCUUGGAAGUGGCUCUUUUCCAAGACCCUCUGGAAUUGCAUCUGGGACCUCUGCUCCAAAGGGCCAGACAAACGAGCCCUUCCAUCUCAAUAGGAGUAACGAGGCAUAUCAGCCCCCACGCCCUUUCAAGGCUGUGCCGCAUACCCGAACUAACACCCAGGACUCGUUCAAUGACGAAACAUUUGGUUCCAGUGAGUUUACGAGUCAGGAUAGAGCAGAAGAGGAAAGAAAGAGAAGAGCUUCUUUUGAGUUGAUGAGGAAGGAACAACAGAAAGUGCUACAAGAAAAGCAGAAAUCAAAUGCCAAUAAGCAUAAAAGCGAUGGAUUUACGGACCUUAUCUUGGAGGAGACCAAGGAAGAAGGAGUGUUAGAGGCCAGCGGUGAAUUGAAUUCUGCAGUUCAAUCUGUUCCAAAUGAUGAUUCUUUAAAAUCUUCUAUCCUGUUGCAGUCUUCCAAAUCCCGACCACUUGUACCACCAGGAUUUAGAAGCACAAUUCUGGAGAAGGGUUCAACCACAAAACCUAUCUCUUCUACCAACAAAGAGCAGAAUCCUAAACCUGGAAUAGAGGAAAUUCAUUUGCUUGCCAAGGGCAACCACACUCAAAAUGGAACUCAAGAUAACCAGGGGAACAUACAGCCAAUUCAUAAGUUAGAUAUGACAGACCAGUACCUUGAAGAUAAAAACAUCUGUGGGAUUAAGCAGGGUGAAGCCAUAAUGACUUCAUUGUCAGGGUCUGCAGUUGAAACUGAGAAGCGUGGAAUUGGUGAUCAUAAUUUACAUGGAAUCUCUGGUUUUCCAGAAGUGCACGAAGCUGUUGAUGGUGAAGUUUUUGAACUUAUGACGAAUAAUGUUAUGGGAAAUAAAAUUCUUAGCAAUUCGAGUCAGGAAAGCACGACGUCCAUCCUCGGAAAAUUCUUUGGCAGCGGUCCAACAGUUAAAGAUGGUGGCUCCACAGGUUUUCUUGAGCAGCAGCAGAAGAGUGAGGCAGAUGAUCAUCCGAGUCCCCACAAUGUGCAAUCUUCCAGAUUUGCUCAGUGGUUCAAUGAAGACGAAAAGAAACCUGUGGAUGAUGUCUCAUCCAAUAGACCGAAUGACUUGCUUUCACUGAUUGUUGGUAGUGACAAAACUGGGUCUCAAGUUCCCAAUGUCAUAUCUAGUGAGCCCAGUGCACCAGAUUUAUCCUACAAGGGUUUUGGGGUUACCAAAACACCGUCAGACUCCAAGCAUUUGUACAACGAUUAUAGACAGGACUCUGCACCUCCAGUUGCUGCAGUCCUAACGUGUGAAGACCUUGAACAGACUAUAAUGUCAGAAUAUAGCGAGAAAAGUACAACUUUGCAGCCACCCAUUCCUGAUUGGAGUGUUUCUGGCCAAGAAAACAUGGAUGCUAUACCAGUUGACAAUCGUGCAACUCAUCACUUGCUUUCAUUGUUACAGAAAGGAACUACCAUUGACGAUAUGAAAUCCUCUAAUACAGACAGUGGAUCGUUGGAAAACCGUCCUACUUCUGAAGUGGGAGGUAUUAAGAUGUUUGAAAAGCCAAAAGAUGCUAAUCAGGAAGCUGGACAUACUUCGGCUCAGAACCUUUCACUUGAAGCGCUUUUCGGGACUGCUUUCAUGAAGGAGCUGCAGUCGGCUCAAGCACCUGUUUCUGUCCAGAGGGGAUCUGCUGGGUCUGCCAGAAUCAAUAUAGCGCCUCGUGAACUAUCUGCCCCUGUGAUGAAUGGUCCUCUAUCUUCUAGUGUUGAUGGAAUCGGAUCCAACAUGACAAGUUAUGAAAGCAAUACCUUGUCCUCCAAAGAGAAACAGCCUGUCAAAUCAGAUGAUGCUGAAAGCUGGUUAAAUUUCAAUGGUCCUCAGGUAGAUGUUGACCCGUUAGAGUUCCAUAGGGGAGUGCCAAAAUUGGCUAAGCAAGCCAGUGGGGCAGUCGAAAUCCAGCUGCCUGAAGAGGAGAGCUUGAUUACAGUUGGCGAUCCUGCAAACACCCAUAACCCAAUGUCUAAAAGUACAACUAUAGGGAAAUUGUUACCUUCUGAUGCGGCAUUUGAUAUAUCAGAGAAGCUUGCGGCCCUUAAUUCUGGUUUUAGAGGCGAGCGUUCUAUUGCAGCUCAGGAAGCCAAUCGUUUUGUUCGUGGGCCCUAUGACAUGUUGGAGCCUGAGAGACAAUUUAACAAUCUUCAUGCCCAAGCUUCAUCUCCUCAAAUGCAUGCAGGGCAAAUGAAUCAUAAUCGGCUGCCAAUGUUUCACCCGUUAGAUCCUAACCUGCCACAUAUGAAUUCCCAUAUGAGAUUUCCCGAGCAUCUUAUGCAACGUGACUCUCCUCUGAAUCACCAAUUUCCAGCUAAUAUGGCCCGUCCUUUUCAUCACCCUGAUGCUAGAGUAACAGGUUUCGAUGUUCCUGCUCAUCCUCAAAUGAUGCCUCAAAUGCGGAUGCAAGGCAACUUCCCUCCUCACCUGCUACGUGAUCUUCCAAGGCCUUCAAUGGUGCAUCCUCAUCCUGGCAAUCAAGCAUCCAAUUUUAUGCCAGAUAGGGAAGCACUGCAUGGAUUCCCGUUUGCUCAUCAACAGGCCAACAUUGGUGGGCUUGGUAUGCCAUUACCUGUCGGUGAUGGUGGUCCGGAAGCGUUGCAGAGGAUGAUGGAGAUGGAAGUGAGGGCCCAGUCGAAGCAGGUUCGUCCAGUGAAUAGCCAAGGGGGGAUGUAUGAGCUAGAUAUGGGUUUCCGAUACAGAUAGGUAAUAGUUGUCCAUGCUCAUGUAUAUGAUGAAUGUGAAAUCCAUAUCUUUAGCUGCUGCUUCCGCUUCUGCUUCUGCUUUGAAACCGUGAGAAAACAGAGAUGUUUCUAGCCGUGUUUUUCGUAUUUUUUUUUAAAGUUUUUCUAGUGGAGUCUGCGUUCGUUUUCAAUACCGGGAUUGGGGAUAUGUAGAUUUGGUUAUGUUGUAAUGCACAUUUACAGGUUUAGUUUUCUUUGUUGGUUGCUGC